AUGUCUCCUAUUCGCGUCGCCCUCAUCGGCCUCUCAGCCAGCGCAAAGACCUCUUGGGCAGCUGAAUUUCAUCUUCCAUACCUCUUGUCCGAGCGUGGAAGGAAAUCCUACACCCUCGUAGCACUCUGCAACACAAGCGUAGCAGCAGCCCAAGCAUCCCUCGACCACUUCAACCUAGACCCCAACAUCAAGAUAUACGGCAAUUCAGAAGACCUCUCACGCGAUCCAGAUAUUGACCUGCUUGUCGUCGCUACUCGAGUAGACGUUCAUCACGUUGCUAUCCCAAGCAUCCGAGCCGGCAAAGACGUCUUCAUUGAGUGGCCGUUGGCAGAAAAUCUGGCUGCCGCCGAGCAUCUGGCUAAGUUAGCGCACGAGAAUGGCUCGAAGACUUUCACUGGGCUUCAAGGUCGUUAUGCGCCACCUGUUAUCAAGGUCUGUGGGCUGUUGGCGAGCGGCGCUGUCGGCAAAGUCAUCAGCUCCGACGUGAGGGCUCUGCGUACAGUCUUUGAUCCGAGAGGGCUGCCGGAAAGCUUGGAGUACUUCACAGAUAUCAAAGUCGGUGGCAAUUUGAUUUCAGUUGUUCUCGGACAUGUCAUGGACUUCAUCCACUCUACUCUUGGCGAGUACGCAGAGUACGACAGUCGCGCUCAAAUACAGAAGCCAAACGUCACCCUCCUCAGCGGUGGGUACGGCUCAUUCUCUGACAACGACUCCAGGACGGUCACUUCGAACGUCCCAGAUAUGGUCAGCAUGCCGAAAACUUGGCUGGCGGAUGCGGUGAUGGCUCGCACGACACGUGCUCGGGUGCGUGGCGCCAUGAAUGUUGUAGCGAUGUUGUGUUGUGUUAUUGAUGUUGUAUUAUCGAUAUUGUGUUGUGCUGUGCUAUGCUGA